AUGAGCACCAUCCACGAGCUCGACCUCGUCGUCCUCAACAGUUCCGGCGGCGCUGGGGCAGCCGCCGCCGCCCACCGCUGCGACGUUGUCCACGGGGUCCCCGCCGUCGUCUUCUCCACUGGCGGCUACACCGGUAACCUCUACCACGAGUUCAACGACGGCCUCAUCCCUCUGUUCAUCACCUCCCUCCGCUACAACCGCCGCGUGGUCUUCGUCAUCCUCGAGUACCAUUCAUGGUGGCUCACCAAGUACGGCGACGUCCUCUCCCAACUCUCCGCCUUCCCCCCCAUCGACUUCUCCGGCGACCACCGCACCCACUGCUUCCCGGAGGUCACCGUCGGCCUGCGCAUCCACGACGAGCUCGCCGUCGAUCCCUCCCUCACCUACCCGGCGAACCAGACCAUCCUCGACUUCCGCCGCCUCCUCGACGCCGCCUAUCUCCCCCGCAUCCAAGCCCUUCAACGCGCAGAGGAGAAGAAGAAGGCAGCAGCGGCGGCAGCGGCGGCGGCGGCACCUGCGGCGGUGGCGGAUGAGGAGAAGUCGCCGCCGAAGCUGUUGAUUAUCUCCAGGAACGGGUCGAGGGGGCUGGAGAACGAGAAGGAGCUGAAGGAGCUCUGCGAGGAGAUGGGUUUCAAGGUGGCGGUGCUGCUGCCGAAGAGGACGACGGAGCUGGCGAAGAUCUACAGAAAACUGAACUCAAGCGACGCCAUGGUGGGAGUCCACGGGGCGGCGAUGACCCACCUGCUGUUCAUGAGGCCGGGGGCCGUGUUCAUCCAGGUGGUGCCGCUGGGGACCGCGUGGGCGGCGGAGGCCUACUACGGCGACCCUGCGAAGAAGAUGGGGCUCAAGUACAUCCCCUACAGGAUCAAGCCAUCGGAGAGCUCUUUGUCUAGAGUUUACGAGAAGGACGACCCAGUUCUCAGAGACCCCACCGCCGUCGCCGGCAAGGGGUGGGAGGUGACGAAGAGGGUGUAUCUCGAUGGGCAGACUGUGCGGCUCGAUCUGAACAGGUUUCUCAAGAGAUUGACGCGCGCGUACCGGCACAUCAUGGCGAGGAGGAUGGCGGAGGAUCACUCCAGCUUGAGCUGGAACGAGAACUGGCUGACCCGCCAGCAGAGGGAGCAGCGACGACGCCGCUCGGCGAUUUGA